GGCGGAAAACCGCCAUUUGAGAAGAAGAAGAAGAAGAAGAAGAAGAAGAAGAAGAAAGAAGAAUUCGCGCUCUCAGUCGGUAAAUGUUCAGCGUGUUCAACAUAAUUUAUCUGUUCGUGUUUAUGUUCAGAUUUUCAUCAUGAGAGAGUUAAAAGAGGUGAUGAAGACCAAACCGAUGGAGAGAGACAGUUUACAGGUUAAACAUUCAUUUCCUGACAGUAAUCAGGGUGAUCAAACCUCCACAGAGUCUCAGACUUCUGUCUGUAACGCUGGAGAACAGCAGAUGCUGCAGACACCAGUGAAGAUUGAAGUGAAGCAGGAGGAGAUGAAGGAAAACACAGCAGAGGAACAACAGAGAACUGAUGAAGAUGAUGGUGAUGAUGAUGAACAGCAGAUGUUGCAGACAUCAGUGAAGAUUGAAGUGAAGCAGGAGGAGAUAAAAGAAAACACAGCAGAGGAACAUCAGAGAACUGAUGAAGAUGAUGAUGAUGAUGAACAGCAGAUGUUGCAGACACCAGUGAAGAUGUGUUCAGUGAAGCUGGUCGACUGCAGAAACCUGAUCAAGAUGAGAGAAACCACAACAGAUGAACAAGAGAGUGAUGAUGAUGUCAUUCAUUCGGGUGAGGGAGCUCUUCAGAUGGACCUGGAUAGUGACGAAGAGUUCACAUUAUCCUCCGAAGAAGAGCAGGACUCAGAAGAGGAACGUUUGCAUUUUGAAGAGCAACUUGAUCCAGCCGAGGAUGCAAUUUUGGACGACGAUGAGAGUGAGGACGGAUCUGAUCCAGAUCGGUUUGAUUCGGGUGAAGAGGAUCAAAUCUUGGACGGAAUCGAUCCAUUUGAGGAUUUAAAUCAGGAAACCACAGAGCAGCCGAGUACAUCAGCUGAAUCCAGGACCCCGACCGCUCGCCCUCUUCCACACAGCACCACUUCUGCUCCUCCUGCAGCCCACAGAUCUAGGUCUCCUCCUGCAGCCCACAGAUCUAGGUCUCCUCCUGCAGCCCGCAGAUCCAUUUUUCCUCGACCCGGCUCCUCCAGCACUGCCACAGAGCCACUAAGAUCAUCUGCAACCCCUGCCUUGAGGUCGCCUCAUAGGGGAAGGAGGCCCUCUGUGUCACAGAGUCAGUUUGGCUCCCCAGUAGGCCAGUCACUUUCACCUGUCAGAUGUCCAGCACCACCAGACCAGCUGGAACAAGGAUGGAAGACCGAAAAGGAUCCUGAUGUGGCCCCCAUUCUACAUAGGUUUUGCCCCAGACUGGAACCUGGAGUGCAAUUGGACACCUCUGUAGAGCAAAGCCCCCUCUGCCUUUUCAAGCACUUUUUUAGUGCUGAUUCAAUCAGGACAUUGUGUGCCAACACAAACAAGCUGGCAGAGAGAAACAUUGCUGCUGGGAAAAGGUACAAGUGGACCACCAUCAACCCUGCAGAGAUGUUCAAAUUCAUUGGUUUAGUUUUGUACAUGGGAGUUCUAAAGCUCCCAGCAGUAAGUGACUAUUGGAAGAGAAAAACAUUUUUUCUGUGAAUUUUCCAUACACUGUGAUGACAAGG